AACCUCAAAGUUUUUUGGUAACCAACGAUAAAUGUUAAAUUCUUGUUGAAAACCACUAUUAACAGGAAUAACUAUAAAUUAAGAAAAAUGCUUUCGCCUGCGAGCGGUACUGGACAAUUCUUUACGAAAUCGGUCAAAAUUAUCAGAUUUGUGCGGCAGGGAUGCACGAAUCGGCCGUUUUUUCACAUUGUAGUUACAGAGAAGAGACGCGAUCAGUUUAUGCCUGUAAUUGAACAGUUAGGCACCUACGACCCCAUGCCCAAUCAACAUAAUGAAAAGUUGGUUUCUUUGAAUUAUGAACGGAUAAGGCAUUGGAUUGGUAAUGGAGCUACAGUUUCUCAACCUGUAGAGCAACUUUUUGGUAUGUCUGGCUUUUUCCCUAUACAUCCCACUUCAUAUUUGGCUGCCUGGAGGAAUCGUAGAGUUUUGCAAGAAGAAGCUUUGAAAGAAGCUGAAGAUAAAAGUAAAGACAAAACAGUGUAAUUAGUUUUGAAUAUUAGUUAUUUAUUAAAUAAGUUGUUUAUAAAAUAAAACCCAGUAUUUUUAUACAUUUAUUUAGGUA